UCAAUGAAAGAAGCGAAUAUCCCAUCACCACUUAAGUCAUCUAUUGUAAUUCCAGUUCCGAAGAUAUCACCUCCUCAAACAAUUGGAAAUGAUCUCCGCCCAAUCUCGCUUACUUCCUCAAUGGCAAAAGUUAUGGGAGGCUUUACUUGCACUAGAUUAUUAAAGGACUUGGAAGGAAAAAUCGACCCUCGCCAAUAUGCCCCCAAAGGGCACUCAACAACAGAUGCCCUUCUCUACAUGAUGCAAACAAUUCAUGAGGCAUUGGACGGGGGCGAAGCUGGUGCUCGUACCUUCUUCGCAGACUUCUCAAAAG